CUACAGGAUGGCCCGCAGCCGCACCUCCGCAUAAUACCUCCUGGGCGUCAUGAGCCGCCUCGUCUCGCCCACACGCAUCGACAGCAGCGCCUCAGGCAGCCACCCGUAUCCCAGGUCGGCCACACGGCACACACGACCCAGGUAGUUGCCCGUCUUCUUGCUGCCGUCGAAGCCGUCCACCCACUCGAUCCUAUCGUACUUGACCGUCUGCUGGCGGGUCGGUUGCAUGCCGGUGCCGUGCUGCACGAUCUGGUAGCGCACGCCCGAGGAGGGCAGCUUGGUGAAGCAGCCGUGGUCACUACUGGUGCCGCGAACCAGCGCCGCGCCUGACACGAACAGGGGAACAUGCGAUGGGAUGCGUCUGUGCGUUCGGCGAGGAUGGCUUGCCGACGGCCUCCCCGUGUACCUCUGAAUGGCCCGCAUGGCGUUGGCGUGGUGCCGCUGAACAUCUCUGCACACACAUGAGGCGACGUGAACAACCCCUUGCUACUGCUAACAGAAGGUGCGGCACCUGCACGAAACACACCAACCAACCAACCGACCAACCAACCAACCAACCAACACGAUACCCAUGACAUCCUCCCUCCUCCCCAACCAUCCAUCCAUCUCCCAUAUCUCUUACCGAACUCUCCUCCAGUAGUCGUCAGCUGCGCCCCACUGAUCUGGUGCUGGGCGGUAUUGCCACCUACUGUGGGCUGGUGCACGCCAUAUGCAGGCUCGGAUUGGCCGCGGAGCCAGCCCGUUUGCUGCUGCGGCGGCGGCGACGGCGGCGGCGCGAUGCCAUGCAAAUGGGGAGAAUGGUUGCCGAUCCAGGCACUGUCAGACUGACGACGCACACUCACGCCAUUGCUGAAGCAGCAAACACAGGCCCAAACGAAGGAGGGCAAACACGAUGACGCCGACUGACGAUGGUUGUGCAUCUGUUCUGCAUGCUUACCUUUGCCCGACAGGUCGCAGUCGCAGUCGACCAUCGGGCUUCGGCUGCAUUUCACUCCCCUUCCCGUCGG